AGGGUGAGAGAGAAGAGAGAGAAGAGAGAGAGAGCAGUGUUUUAAAUGUUCAAAGAGAGAAUCGUUUGCGAGGUGUUGCACGGAAACAUUAGGAAAUUUCUAGCCAUGCAUGCAUAAGCCUCAGGAUGACCAUGACUGAGCUGAAGAUCUCUGGAACCUGUUAGCACACAGAUAAGACCCUCCUUCCAAUAUAUGCGUACAUGUGCGCGCCUUUCCAUCUGUGUGUGUGCGACGCUAAAGAUGAGGACCUCGCUGGACAGUCAGGAUCCCUUUUCUUCCUCUGAGGGAAGCAUGUUAUUGGUGGGGGAGCUGUGAGAAACUCUGCGGAAAAAUGCUUUAGUUCAACUUCAGUUGUUAGGUAUUUCGAUGCACACGAGGGGAAGAGAAAAGGCAACACGAACUGAUCCAGAGCUGCAUUGGUACUCUCUCCUGCUUACGGACUGCUCACAGUCAGGCAUAGUGGCAUGAGUGUGGGCAAGCCACACCGCUACAACAUCGUGUCAUCGUCGGAGGAGGACGUGGGCCGCCACGGCACCAUGCCCGCCCUCGGCAAUGGCUUCGGAAAUGGCAAGAUUCAGACCCGGCGAAAGCUGCGGAGCCGCUUUGUUAACAAAACCGGCCAAUGCAACGUUAGCUUCGCUCACAUGGACGAGCAAUCCCAGCGAUACCUCGCCGACAUCUUCACCACCUGCGUGGACAUUCGCUGGCGCUGGAUGUUUCUACUUUUCUCCCUCGCAUUUGUCAUCUCCUGGCUAGCGUUCGGAUUUGCGUUCUGGCUUAUCGCUCUUGUCCAUGGUGAUCUAGAGAAACCUCAAGAAAACUUCACGCCAUGCGUCAUGCAGGUCAACAGCUUUGUCGCAGCGUUUUUGUUCUCAGUUGAGACGCAAACAACAAUUGGCUACGGAUUUCGCUGCGUGACUGAGGAGUGUCCUUUAGCGGUGUUCAUGGUCGUCUUCCAGUCCAUUGUGGGCUGCAUUAUUGACUCUUUCAUGAUUGGUGCAAUCAUGGCCAAAAUGGCGCGACCUAAAAAACGUGCAGAAACGAUACUGUUCUCACAUAACGCCGUCAUCUCAAUGCGCGAUGGGAAGCUGUGCCUCAUGUGGCGGGUAGGGAACUUGAGGAAGAGUCACAUUGUUGAGGCUCAUGUGCGGGCGCAACUUAUUAAACCCCGAAUCACAGAAGAGGGCGAGUACAUACCUUUGGAUCAAAUUGACAUCAACGUUGGGUACGACCAAGGUCUGGACCGCAUCUUCUUGGUUGCUCCCCUCACCAUCCUCCAUGAGAUAAAUGAGGAGAGUCCGCUGUUUGGAAUCAACCAGCAGGAUCUGGAAACAUCUGAUUUUGAGAUUGUUGUCAUACUGGAAGGAAUGGUGGAGGCGACCGCCAUGACGGCUCAGGUGCGCAGCUCCUACCUGUCCAGUGAGAUCUUAUGGGGCCAUCGCUUUGAGCCUGUGGUAUUUGAGGAGCGUAACCAGUAUAAGGUGGACUAUUCGCACUUUCAUAAAACCUACGAGGUUCCCUCGACUCCACGCUGCAGCGCCAAAGACCUGGAAGACAACAAAUCCUUGGAGUCCGGUGCCAACUUCUGCUAUGAGAAUGAGUUAGCUUUUAUUAGCAGGGAUGAAGAGGAGCCAGAGGAGGACAGGGGUGAGAGGGGUACUGAGCUAGAGACCCUUUCAGCCAAUCUGAACUUUGAUCAGAGGUCGUAUCACAAAGAGUCUGAAAUUUGACCCAAAAUCUAAAUCUUUGCUUUAUUGUAGACUCUUUAGCCUAUUCUUUUAAGGGCUUUUCACACUGCGCUUAACCCUGGUUCAUCGUCCUACUAAACACUACCCUAUCCCUGGGUAACGACAUGUUUCACACCUGUAAUUUAAAAGCAGUUUUAGCACCAGUGUUAUGAAACCCUGCUCCGAAGUUUAGCACAACAUUUGAGGUGUUAAUCCUGGAUCGCGGUGCUAAAUUUGUUCAUUGUGAAAUGAAGUGGUUUUUGUUUGUUGCUGCUGGAUUCUUGGCAACAGACAGCCGAUCAGAAACUGAUUAGUAAGGCUCAAGUCAUGUUAGUUAUAGACGCAGCAUGUACCAUAAACAGUAGUAAGCGAGAGAAAAGUGAGAAAAUUUGUGAACAGGAGAUGGUAAGAUGACAAACUUUGCUCUUUGUUUUCAUUAUUUUGUACUUUAGUCUUUGUUUUUUUGCUUUUGCGCAUCUCACAAGGCUUAAAAUAACUAAAGACCUACCCGGUGACAUAUAACUGACAAGAAGAUGUGGAAAUGCUGUGUAAAAAGUACCUGCUGGUCAGCCAACUAGCGACAGUGACACUGCAAAUAUGCAAAUAAGAACGUUAAACUGGAGUUUAAUGUACAGCGUGAAUCGUUUGUUAAUGAAUACCCAGGAUUAUUUGUUAACCACAGGUUUGGUAUGAGCAGUGUGAGGCCCC